CCAGCUGCUGCAACAAAAAGCCUCAGGAAACAACUAGAAAAUAAACUACGAAACCGGAACCACAUCUGUCACAUGUCAACCUCACAAUUGGCGGCAAAUGACGUCUUUCCGCCGCAAGAUGGCCGCCGGCGGCGCGCGCAGGCUCGGCCGCGGUCCGCACACGCGCACUCACCACCUACCCCAAUCGAUAGAGUGCAACUCCAGUCGCACAACAGCCUGUUGGCCGCGCACGUAUUUCUGAUCUGAGAGGAUUUUUCGGGACUUAAUAGAGUGCAAAAAACGUCAAGGUGUCUGUGUCCAGUAGUGUUCUGCCGGGGGCCAUCACCAUGAAGAUCCUGGCAGCGCCCGACGGGCCUGCGAUCUCGCCCGUUGAUCCUUCGGGCGAAUGGCACGGCGCGACAUUCUGGUUGCUGGUGCUAGGAGCGGGCGCGUUGGCGCUCGCGACGCUCGCCGGGAUCGCUUGCUGGCUCGCCAAGCGACGCAACACUCUCCACAAGCUAGGAGGCAAGCGUGGCCCAGACAAGGCGCUAGUGUUCCAGCCGCCACGCCGCGCCACCGCCGUGCGGUCUCCAGGCUCAGCGACCCACUACCUGCGCAAGUCUCCGUCACCUACCGCACCGACUGCGCCAGCUACCUCGCCGCCUAACGCGCCGAUCCCGCCGCAGAUCCCGUCAUCCGGCGGCAACAGUCCGCACACGCCGACGGCGCCGGAGCCGGCCCCGUUGAGCAAGGAGCUCGCCGACGCCAAUGCCACCGAGAAGCCGAACAAGCCCGCCGACUCCGACAACAACGAGGGACGGCUCGGCGACUUGCAUUUCAAACUGCGAUAUGAGAACGAGAAGAACGCAUUGGUGGUGUCGGUGGUGUCCUGCCAGGGCUUGCCAGGACGCGAGCCCGCAGGCCCCGACCCCUAUGUUAAACUGCAGCUGCUGCCGGACAAACAACAUAAGGUCAAGACCAGGGUGGUCCGCAAGACCCGCUGCCCCGUGUACGAUGAAGACUUCACCUUCUACGGCCUGGCGCCGCACCAGCUCCCAGCCAUCACUCUGCACUUCGUCGUACUUAGCUUUGACAGAUACUCCCGGGACGAGAUAAUCGGCGAGGUGGUGGCGCCACUGUCGACGCUUCAACUGCAGAGCGGCGAGGCCAUGGCGCUGUGUCGCGAGAUCCAACCACGUAGUCUCAAGAUGCGCAGCGUGGGCCGCGGCGAGGUGCUGGUGUCGCUGUGCUGGCAGCCGGCCGCCGCGCGCCUCACCGUGGUGCUGCUGAAGGCGCGCAACCUGCCCAAGAUGGACGUCACCGGCCUCGCCGACCCAUACGUGAAAAUGUACCUACUGUACAAUGGUCAGCGCAUCGCCAAGAAGAAGACGCACGUGAAGAAACGCACGCUGAACCCCGUGUUCAACGAGUCGUUCGUGUUCGAGGUCCCGGCCGCGCCCAACGCCGCCCUCGACCACGUGGCGCUAGAGCUACUGGUCCUGGAUUGGGACCGCGUCACCAAAAACGAGGUGAUCGGUCGGCUGGAGCUGGGCGCGGGCGGCGCGGGCUCGGCGCGCCAGCACUGGCGCGAGGUGCAGGCGGCGCCGCGGCGCCAGAUCGCCGACUGGCACAAGCUCAAGGAGUGAGGCACCAAGUGCCCGCCUCGCGCCUGCCCGCCUCACUCAACUGACCCGUUCAAUGUACCCUCCUUUAACCUGAAACUUGACUAAUGUAACGUUUGUAUGAGUCUGUCUCACGCCUUGGACGUAACCGACCUGGUAGGUUUAUGUAACGUUUUUAGAACACCAGCCACUUGAGAUUUUCCCUAAAUUUGUAUUGGAAAAACAAAAAAAAAAGAGUCCAUCAGAUAGGCUCAAGGAUUGAGACAACAUGAUGUUGUCUGUAACGUCUAUUUCACGACACCUUUUUUCUUUGGAUGAGUUGAAUAGUACAUUGUGUAUUAAGGGCGGGAAAUAAGAAAUUACGAACGAGUGUCAAUUUUAAGCCCGACGCGAAGCGAGGGCUUAAAAUGUUCACGAGUUCGGAAUUUCUUUACCGCCCGUGGCACACACAAUGUUUUUCAUCACACUUGUAAGGAAAAAAAGGAGAAUUAAUAAAAACAAACUUCUGUAUAAAACACUUUUCCGCCCUAGGGCGAAAAUUUCAAUUUCCCGCCCGCAAGCCCUACGUGUAAAUAAGUGUUUUUCAUCACACUUGCUCGGAAAAGAUUUUUUCCGCCCUAGGGCGAAAAUUUCAAUUUCCCGCCCGCAAGCCCUACGUGUAAAUACAUCUUUUCCGAGCAAGUGUGAUGAAAAAAAUAUUGCAUCGUCAACAAAUUAACAAAUUAUAUAAUUAAUUCCAUUGCGUAACGAAAACUUUCUCCAGAUAUAUAUAUAUGACUAUGUUUCGUUACACAACCGAAUAAAUUGAUGACGAACUAAAACCUAAGUUUCUUCGCGUACCUAUGGAAGUUUAAAAAAAAAGUGUUUAAAUUACUUCUAAAUCUAAACUUUUCAGGAUUUUCAUCUUAAUGACCACUGUUGAACAAUUCUACGGCAAUAUAACAAACCUAACUUAAAGUAAAGAGGUACUUACCUGAAAUCUACAUCAUAUAGUUUUAAGUAUCAGAUUUUUUUUUUGUUUUCGAGAAAACGUAUUCGGAUCAAAAAGGUAUCAUGGGACGUAUGUGGAUUUGAAUUAAACGUUACAUUUUAUCAACUGUGGGUUAGACGAGAGCAAUCUAUCGUAUGCCAUCUUUUUGACCACCCUUUUUAAUUUUAAUUUCUUCCAUAUUUAUUUGCCUGACGCGUUUUUGGUAAAGACAGUUAUUGGAGAGGUCAAAUUUAUGAUACUUUGCUUUGAAAUAGGAAGGAAUGUUUUGCAAUACUUCCAUCCUCAAUAUUAUUGGGAAUGUCUAUCUAUUCGUAGUUAUGAGCGUAAAACACAACAGCGCCUUGUUUACUCAAAAACUACAUUCCGUUUAUUGUUACGUACAUUUAUAGUUUCUUUAUCUAAAUAUAUAUUAUUUUCUGUGUGCGACGAUUGAUUUUGAUAAAUAUUUAUCAAAAUACGUUUACUAGAACUCGUUUGUAGCCGGAUAACAGGCACAAACAAGGAAAAAAAUGUUAUAAUUGUUUUACGAAUAUUUUAUAUUUACUUCACUUAUUAUUGAUGCACGUUUGUAUAAUCGAAGCUCGAAGGUUUCCCACCACCAUGGUCAAACCAAAGUCCAAAGAUAUGGAGUUAGCUAUAAUUUUGUAAUUAUAAUGUAGUUAGUAAAUCAUUCUUAUUUCCAGACCAAACCGAUAUCAGGACCCGCUAAAGAAUUACGCACACAUCUUUGUAUACUACUCGAUUUUUCAAUGUUUCAAAAACUAAACGUUUUUAAUAUUUUUAUGUGUAGUUUAACUUGAAUGUAGACACCGGGAUCUCGUGUUUAAUAUAGAUGUAGAUUGUAUUGUUUAUUGUGAAGAAGUAAAACCUCGGUACUGCUUCGUUUCGACUCUACAUAUCUGUAUAUAAACACUUGAUGUAACAUUGGGAAGUAGGAACAUAUAUUAAUAUAUGUAUUGAAGAUAUUUGGACAGUAAGUAAGCUACACUUGAUGCAAUUUAAUCGCGAUUUGAUUCCUUAAUACGUUUUUUGACGUUAUUCAGUUCUUACAAGAUUAUUUUGUAAAUUAGUAACGAUGGCCAUUGACAUAUGAAUAGAUAAAUUAUCAUACAGUAUCGUUAAGGCUUUGUAAUCAAUACAGGUAUCUAUAGAUAGUAGCUUCACUACUGAGAUGAUACAGUCGACAUCGAAUACGUUGGUACAAAAGUACCUACAACAUUAUCUGAACACUGUUUGUUAUAGGUACUCGUACCAAAUAUGAUUGGGUGUCAACUGUAUCAGUGUUAAUUAAUUGAUUGAGUGGCAAAUAACAUUAGAUCGUCAAAGUAAUUGUGUCAUUCUACUUAUCGUUGGCAUUUGAAACAUCUCAUGGUUGACGAAAUGUUGAAUGGUCCAAGUUACUCUUGGUGCAUAAACUUGUAAAGUUACAUAUUUACAUUUGUGGCCUUUUCAACCAAACCGGUAGUAUUGUUGGGUGUCAUUAUGACGCUAUAAAUCUUCAAAAUUUAAGCAAACUAAUCGACAACAGACAAAUCCGACAAUGUGGUACUUUUUAGUUGAAAAUGUCACAUUUUGCGGCCCUUUCUAACUCAAAUACGAUAAACAUGUCAUAGUCGAUCAUUGUUGUCUAUGCUUUAUGGAUGGAUUUGAGAAAUAGUUACAUAGUUGAGAAUUUUCAAUGGUCUACAAUAAAUUUAUUCAUUUGUGUAACGAUAGUUACCCAUAUAGGUACAUGUAUGAUUCCUUGUCGUUACACAAAGGUAACAAUUAAAUACAAUAGAUAAUAUUAAAUACUCUAAAAGGGUUAGUUAAAAAAAAUAUUUAAUUGCCUGAAUGGGGCCUCUGAAUGUAUUUAAGUGUGUAACGUAAUAUAUUAAAUUACAACAGUUUUUUUUUUAUUUAAUGAGAUUAUAUAUAUGGAAUGGACUUGUUUUUUAUUGUUCAUCUGAAUUGGAAUUAAUAUAUAGUGACAUAUUUAGUUGAUUGAUUUUUUACAAAGAAAAUUUAAGCGAACGGUUCAUUUUCAUUUGUUUUUAAUAGAGUUCAUUAAAAUUUCAAUGAUUUAAACGUCCUAUUUAAGCAUAGACAACAUUUUUUAUCUAUAUUUAUAAUUUUUCAAGUAAUUACAUCUAGUAUAACAUCAAUACUCAACACUAUCAGUGUAGUCAGAAGGAAAUACUAUGUAUAGAGCUAGGAUAGGGAAAUCAAUCUAUUUUAUACUUACAUUACGUAGUUCGUGGAUGUAGAAUAAAUCUUUUACUUCUACAAUAAUUAAGUGUAUAUUUGUAAGCUCAUUUAAAUAUCCACAUUUAUAAAAAAAAAAUUAAUUACUAUUUAAUCAUGAAUGUAAAAAAGCGUAGAUCUGGUUAAUCAUCGUGGAAGUUUGCAACUUAUACAAAAAAUAAACAAAGUGGAUAUUACAGAAUGACUGGAAAUGUUUUAAAACCAUUGCCUCAUUAGGUAGUAUUUUAUGUGUUUAAUAUAAUACAUAUUUAGUGUCACAAUUUAUCGUAAGUAUGGUUAAAACAUAACAUAAAACAAUUAAAUAACUACCCAUAAUCUACGAAACAAAAACGAAACUACCUAUUUAUUUAUUU